AUGAUUCCAAUUAUGCCCGCACCACCACCUCCAGUACCACCAACACCACAAUACAGGUGCCAAACAUGCUUUGUCUCGUUUGCCACCUCUUUCCAGCUCGAGAUCCACGUCGACGCCUACGAGGUUCGUGCUCUGGAACAGCAUCAGAUGUACUCUUUGUUGGCCGUGGCUAACUCUGUCUACAGACUCGCCAAAGCAGCUGCGCACCUCAUACCAAUCGAGCUGGAUCCGCCCGAUGCCGACAAAUACUCCAACUCAAAUGUCUCCGCCAAAUGCCCCCUGCCGAGUUGCGCCUCGGUAAAGCCGCUCAAGGAUAUGAAGUUCCAUUUUAUGCAACAUGUCGAUUGCUUCGAGGUUUGCCCCGGCUGUAGCUAUACCUGGACCAAUGUCCACUCCUUUUUGGUCCAUGUCAAGGAUUGCCUCAAAGACGCCGACGCAGCAAAGAAGACGCACGGCCAAAGAAGGCAGCGUGCACUGGUUCAUCGCACAGUGAUGCGACUGCAAGACGCCAUGGACGAGUUCAAGACCGAGCCGCUCGACACAAGACAAGACAGGCCUGCUCCAUUUCUGCGACAGCCCCAGACACCGCAGACAGCGUUUUCCGGUGACCCUUCGCUGCAUCCUCUUCUGUCGCGGGAUGCUUCGGUGAAGAGGCACAAGAGAGGGACAGGACCGGUGUACGCUGCGAGCCGCGAGACAAGACGUCUAGACCAAGCCAUUGGUCUGACCGGCCCUGCAACAACUGAUACGCCGCAGGGACAGUCCUGGCGGCCUCCUGGCCUGCCGUCUCACGCCUUUAGCCGCGAACCAAGCGUUAUGCAGGAUCCUAUGCCGAGCUCUGCGCCGUUGAACUCGACACUAUCGCCUCUGUCUCGUCCGGCCAAGCCUCCGAGUCCAGCCAAGCCUCCGAGUCCAGCCAAGCCUCCGAGUCCAGCCAAGGCAACGCGUCCAGCCAAGGCAGCGCGUUCAGCCAAAGCAGCGCAUUCAACCAAGGCAGCGCGUCCAGUCAAGGCAAAAAGUCCAGUCAAGGCAACAAGUCCAGUCAAGGUAACAAGUCUAGUCAAGGCAACAAGUCCAGUCGAGGAUCUGUGUCCAGUCGAGACUCCACGUCUGGCCGAGGCUUCUCCUGAAGCUCCGUCCAAUAUAAUGUCUCUAGACGUGGAGAUGGAUAAUGUAAUGCAGCCUGUGGACUGGGAGAUGGAUGAUUUCAUAGACGAAUGGCCUCCUGAGCCUCCUUUUGGACAUAAUCCAAACUAA